AUGUCCGCGUCCACGUCCGAGGUCGUCGAUGACCCGCAAGCCUACCUCGACGCCGCGGGCAGCUCGUCGUCGACGCCCGCCUCGCUCCGCCCAUACUAUGCCCGCUUCAAGACGCUCCACCAAAAGAAGCUGUGGUACCAGCUCACCCUCGCCGUCGAAGACUUUCUCGCCCUCCCCGACUCGCAGCAGCCCCCCAUCCACAUCGACCUGUACACCCACUUUGUCACCAAAUUCAGCGCAAAGAUCAACCAGCUCCAGCUCGCCGCCAUCGGCGUCCGCGUCGCGCGCCAAUUUAGCGACCCGGCAAAGGCCCUCGCCUUUCUCGACGACCUCGUCAUCACCGUCGACUCGCCCGACGCCCAGGACGCCUACGUCUACGCCCGCAUGGAGGCCGCCCACUUCCGCCUCGUCCUCGGCGACACCGACGGCACAAAGCAGGCCAUGGACCGCUGCGCGCAGAUCCUCGACACAUUCGACGCCGUAGAGACGGCCGUCCACGCCAGCUUCUACCGCGUCUCGGGCGACUUUUACAAGGCCAAGGCCGAGUACGCAAACUACUACAAAAACUCGCUCCUCUACCUCGCCUGCGUCAACGUCGACACCGACCUCGCAGACGCAGACCGCGUACAGCGCGCACACGACCUCGCCAUCUCGGCUCUCCUCGGCGACUCGAUCUACAACUUUGGAGAGCUGCUGCUUCACCCCAUCCUCGCAUCGCUGGCAUCGAGCGAGCACGCGUGGCUGUCGGACCUGCUGUUCGCCUUCAACGCGGGCGACAUUGGGCGGUUCGAGUCGCUGGCGCCACACCUGUCCAAGGAGCCCAUCCUGUCCGAGAAUCUGCCCUUCCUGCGCCAAAAGGUCUGCCUGAUGGCGCUCAUCGAGUCGGUGUUUAGGCGCUCCUCGGACGACCGCACCAUUGCGUUCGAGACGAUCGCCAUCGAGACCAAGCUGCCCGUCGACGAGGUCGAGCACCUCAUCAUGAAGGCCCUCAGCCUCGUCCUCAUCAAGGGCACCAUCGACCAGGACGCCCAGGUGGCGCGCAUCGUCUGGGUCCAGCCGCGCGUCCUGGACCGCCGGCAGAUUGAGGCGCUCCAGAACCGCCUCCGCGACUGGUGCACCAAGGUGCAGGAGGUGGGCGAGUUUGUAAAGAACCAGACGCCCGAACUGUUCAUCACGGCAUAG